GCCAGAGGACGAGCGACAUGAAGGAGAGGGAGAAGGUCUCGAAUUUCAAGCCGGCCCCCUGCCCCUCAGAGCUCACUCCCCCAACCGCUGGAAGAAAAAGAAGGAGGAGAAGAGAAUCCUAGCAGCCGCCACAGAGGAAGCGGAAGAGACGAAACAGAGACUGCGGAUUUUCAAAACCUAGAGGCAGCAAGCAAGCGAGCAAGCUGCUCUCUUCAGCAACCCUUGUUCCCCUCUGUCAAACCCCUGACCCCCUGCUUGCUGCCGAACCCAGCCAACAACCCCCCCCCCCCCCCCACCCCCGUCUCCCAGGAGAGGAGAGCACGAUGAGGGAGAGGGAACUGCCACCUCCACCGCCGGACAGGAAAAGCUUCCUGAGGAGUGCUGCCGGGAUCCUGAGAGUCCUCCAGAUCACUGUGGGUGCCGGGCUGUGGGUCGCUAUCGCCGCCAGCAAGUACGAGGGCCUCACCCAUUUUGUCCUCUUCGUGGCUGUGCUCUUCUGGCUCCUGACCCUCGCCCUCUUCUUUCUUACCCUCCUGGGCAAGCAGGACCUUGUCCCCAUGGUGGGCGGCGAUCGCUGGCUGCUUAGCAACGCAGUCCAUGAUCUGACGGCCACUGCCCUCUACCUCCCUGCCUUCGGUGUCAUGGUCUACAAGGCGGAGAGGAACUCCUACUGCAACCUGGAGCAGUACCGGCACAGCUGCCUGUACAAGGCCUACCUGACGGCCGCCAUCUUCGCCUGCCUCGGUGCUGUCGCUUACCUGGCGUCUGCCAUCCAUGGCUCCUGCAGGAAGUGCAGGGGUGAGAGUACUGUGUUUUGACUGUCUUUAUACGAGCCGGGGGGAGAGCGUGGGUCAGGGGAGCAGUGCGUGGGUCAGGGGAGGAGUGCGCGGGGCAGGGUGAUAAUACUCUCUUACUUUCACACUUUUACAAACAAAAAAAAACAAAAGUGGACCAAACACAUGUUGAGAGAGAGAGGAGGAGAGGGACAUUUUUUUUUUCCUCAGGCAGGGCAAAGCUGGAUGUUUGGAUGGCAGAACAGGGGCUUCUUCCCAAAACACAGCUUUGUCCGUGGCCAUGACCA